GCCGAUCGCAUCGCCAUCGGCGGCAGAUUCGGCCGUUGGCCGAUGUGGCAGCGGCGCACCCUCCCUGCUCGAGACCUGCGGCCGCCCAGGUGACCGCGUCGGCGCUGUCGUUGCGGCGAGACCGUCGUAAUCGCGCGCGCGGACGUCGGCCGAACGGCCCGUAUCCGCGCCUCGCUGCUAUCACGCCAAUUAUCGGGCUUCCCAGGAACGGGGGACUCUAUCGCCAGGAAUGUGCUCAGGAGGCCGUAUCGGAGCGAUGGAAAAGCCAUCCGAGCGGCACGGAGGGCGCAGCAGUUAAACGGAAGAUUCUGAGCGCAGAAUGGUGUCCGUCUGUCUUGGUGCGAAGUCGCGGUAGCUGCGGAGCCAGUGGCCGCCAUUGACCGCAGCAACUGCGACAAGCCAGAUGGAGCGAUCAACGACAGGCGUUGUCAACAGUCCGCAGCCCGCGGCCGGUGACCGAAGGCCCGCUAUGCCGCCCAUCGCGCACUGCGUGGCCUUUUGCGGUGCCUUCGGACUUGUCUUCGCCGUGAGCGGUGCCGUGCUCCUGUCCAGUGGUCUGCCCUACCGGCGGCUCCAGUUGCGCAUCAUCUCGGCGUGCAUGCUCGCUAUGGGGGUCGUCCUCCUGGCCGCUGCUGUCGUGCUCAUCUUCGCGUGGCGCAAUCGCCACCACAUCGGAGCCGUCCAGCGAGCGCGCCACCGGCGACAGCGGCACGCGGCUCUCGUCAUCCGCGUGCCCACCGUGAGCGGCACGUACGUGUACUCCUCCACGCCUGCAGGUGCAGCUGCCGGAGCGGCUCCGUUGAGCCCUCCCCCGCCAGCCUACGAGGACCUGCUGCCACCGCCGCCGUCCUAUGAGAGCGUGAUGAUGCUCAAACGGCUUGAGAAGGCCGCUGAGGUGGCGCAUCAGCUGGCCGAGAGCGCGCGCAGGAGCUCCGCACCAGCCGCCGCCGAAGUAUAGCGGGCCCGUGCGCAGAUGAGACUCACGCCAGGGUCCUGUGAGCAGCGCCGCUUUCAUUCGUGGCCCUGCCGAUAGCCGCGCGCGAUCACGUGUGCGCGCGUUUGAACAACUAUCCACCCAGUUUCCGCGUGAGCAUCACCUCAGCAGGCCAAACUAGUGGAAUAAACACAUGGCGAUAUUCCGCUUUGUCUACCGA